AUGGAUGCCGAUGUCGAUGGGAUCGAUAUCAAUGAUGACGAUGACGACGAUGCUGGCAUAUUCAGCAUCGCCUAUGACCGCCAAAGUGAGGACGAUGACACCCUCAUUGUGGAAGACAACUUCCUUUCAGCACUGCACACGAAGUGCACUGCUGUCGACAAGGAUGAAUCAGCAGAGGAAUUUCUGCUGACUCUCGAAGCGGUUGUCCGCUUCGUUCAAGACUCUAUUGCAGAUGCACUAGACAGACAGAAAAUAAACGCAGACAAACGUGGAAAAGCAAAUGUUCUUUCAUUCAACGAAGAGGACUUAGCUAUACUGUCUACAGUAAAUCUACCGAAACACGCAGUGACAAACGUGGGCAGCAAUAAACUACUUCCCAGGUACAUUGGUCCAUUUCGUGUGUUGCGCUGUAUGGGCAAUGCUUACACGAUUGAUCUGCUCCGUAAGAUGCAUACGCAUCCUACGUUUUACGUUGGACGUCUCCUCCCGUACUAUCAGUACGAGCCCGUUUCGAGAGAGGAAGAACACCUCCGCGGUCAAAGGCCGAGAUCACCUUCGAGUGGUCCCGUUUUAACGAGACAUUCUGGUCGACAAGAAAAGCGAUCUGCUCACACAGUUGAGCGAUGUCUCGACGAGCUGCAGCCAGCUCGUCACGAAGAGAACGAGUCAAACCUUCGUUCUCAAGUUGUGCGAACGCAAACGCGGCACGAUCGUCCGAGCGAUCAUACGCCAAAGAAUUGUAAUCAUCAUUCACAAGAUCAUGGAGCUCGUAACGCCGACUUCGUUUAUGAGCCAGAUCAUCGUGUAACUGUUUCGUUACAAGGUUCAGCUCUUGAACAUCAAGUCGAUCCGACCCUCGAGCCGUAUCAGGUGUCCCCGCCACCACCACAUACUUUGGUGGACUCAAGCGGUGGUCAACGCUUCCUAGUGGAGCGUAUUUUGAACCAUCGCGAUGCAAAUGGCGUCCGGACGAGUUACCUCGUCCGCUAA